GGGGCCGCCUGGGGCUUGGGGGAAGGUUCUUAUUGGAUUUGGGGUGCUGCAGUCAGCCUGAAGGGCUACCUAGUGAGGCCUGGGGCUGGGGAGAUGCAGCAAGAAGCCGUAUUGGAGUCCCCACGACUCUUGUUAUUUUUUGAGACACCGUCCGUUGUAGCGCAGGCUGGUCUCCCAACUGGCAACGUAUCUUAGGCUGGCCUUGAACACUUCUUCCUCCUGCCUCCACCUCCCAACUGCUGGGAUGACAGGGCCAGUUCCUGACCCCCCAGCAGCAUGGCAUCCUGGGCUGAGCCCUCGGAGCCUGCUGCCCAGCCACCUGCUGGGGUACCACCACUGGAGGACUUUGAAGUAUUGAAUGGGGUUGAAGAUGCUGAUGGGGAGGAAGAAGAGGAGGAAGAGGACAUUGACCUGAGCAGGCUGCCACCGCUGGAGGACAUGAGACAGCCAACAGUGGAGGAGUCCGAGCAGCCAGGAGCUCUGGCUCGGGAGUUCCUGGCAGCCACAGAGCCUGAGCCAGCCCCUGCUCCUGCUCUGGAGGAAUGGCUGGACAUCCUUGGGAAUGGGUUGCUGCGGAAGAAGACACUGGUCCCAGGCCCGCCAGGCUCCAGCCGUCCACUCAAAGGCCAGGUGGUGACUGUGCACCUGCAGAUGUCCCUGGAGAGCGGCACCCGCGUGCAGGAGGAGCCAGAGCUGUCCUUCACGCUGGGAGACUGCGAUGUCAUCCAGGCCUUGGACCUCAGUGUCCCGCUCAUGGAUGUGGGUGAGACCGCUAUGGUCACUGCUGACUCCAAGUACUGCUAUGGCCCCCAGGGCAGCAGGAGCCCAUAUAUCCCCCCACAUGCGGCUCUGUGCCUGGAGGUCACUCUGAAGACGGCUGAGGAUGGCCCUGACCUGGAGAUGCUGAGCGGCCAGGAGCGUGUGGCCCUGGCCAACCGGAAGAGGGAGUGUGGCAACGCCCACUACCAGCGCGCAGACUUUGUGUUGGCUGCCAACUCCUAUGACCUGGCCAUCAAGGCCAUCACCUCCAGCGCCAAAGUGGACAUGUCCUUUGAGGAGGAAGAGCAGCUGCUGCAGCUCAAGGUGAAAUGUCUGAACAACCUGGCGGCAUCACAGUUGAAGCUGGACCAUUACCGCGCGGCGCUGCGCUCCUGCAGCCUGGUGUUGGAGCACCAGCCGGACAACAUCAAGGCUCUGUUCCGAAAGGGCAAGGUGCUGGCUCAGCAGGGUGAGUACCGUGAGGCCAUCCCCAUCCUGAGGGCUGCCCUGAAGCUGGAGCCUUCCAAUAAGACAAUCCACGCAGAGCUCUCGAAGCUGGUGAAAAAGCACGCUGCGCAGCGGAGCACAGAGACCGCCUUAUACCGGAAGAUGCUGGGCAACCCCAGCCGGCUGCCUGCUAAGUGUCCUGGGAAAGGGGCCUGGGUGAGCCAGGGUGCCAGGCACCAUAGAGAGGUGUGGCAGACUAGGCUGUCCAUCCCGUGGAAAUGGCUGUUUGGGGCGACUGCUGUGGCUCUGGGGGGCGUGGCUCUCUCUGUGGUCAUUGCUGCCAGGAACUGACUGCCCUCUCUUUGCACCACGGACCCCACCCUGCACUCCCUAAGACUCCUAGGCUCCCUGUCCACUGCCCUCCCUGGCCAAAUCCCCUCCUCUGGGUCAGGAGAGCAAGGAUUGAGGGUCACACCCGAACAAACAGGAGGGACUGAGGCCCCAAAGGGGGAACAUGGGGUGCAGCCCAGUGGGAGGGGGCCCUGUUCCUCCAGAUUUUAUUUCCCCGUAUACACCACUACCUUCUGGGAUCAGGCCUUAGCCUGGAUGGCCUCAGUUUCUCCCUCAACAGGCCUGGGGGCAGCCCUCACCACUAGUCCUGCCUGCCUCCCUCUGGCACCCCCCCCCAAGUGAAAUAAAGCUGCACCCCACACCCCGCA